AUCAUGAGUGAAAAGAAACUUCUCAUAAUUGCAUUCUGCUACCUCGUUUUGGAUAUAUUUUCGUUCAGUCUGAUUCUACCGUGGUUACCGACUGUGUUUGAGUCUUUCGAGGAGCGCUCGUGUUUGUCGUCCACUAUGGCUGGGGCACUAUCAGAUGUCUACAGUCGCAAUCCAUUGUUAAUCACUUUACAGACCCUCAGUGUGAUCGCUCAUCUCUUGACCGCAUGGUUGAGCACAUCGUUCACUUGUUUCUUCUGCUUUCGUCUGCUAUGCGGUGCAACUCGAGCAAACGUGGCUGUGUUAACAGCUCUUGUUAGUGACCACAGCCAGACAGGUUCACGUAGUCGAGCCAUGGCUGUGGUCGGCGCGGCCUACAGUAUCGGGUUCACUCUAGGACCGCUCACGUCCGCGCUUACGAUUUCGAGCCUGGCUGACCACUUUCAAUCCGCUCGAUUACUCCAACACAUUGGAUACGGUUCGGCUCUGCUUAAUGUGAUUGGCUUACUUUUCCUCGGUGCCUCAUUGCCUCCAGUUCGUACUGAGAUCAACAAGUCUAUUAUCAGUCUUAGCGUGGCAUGCGUGGUUUUGGGCGCCGCGUCGGAGCCAUUGCUGUUCUACACAGGGCUCUUACUUUUCGCAUUCGCCUCGGCUGCAUUUGUGCCCUGUUUUCAAGCCAUGGUUUCGUUGUUGGCAAAACCCGAUCGUCAGGUACGUUUACUCAUGUUUGAAAUGAAUCGUGUUCCCGGCUGGCCAUAA